GCAAGACAGGACGGUUGUUGGUUGUUGGUGGGUGGGAACGUGUUGAGCUACCAACAUGCACGACGGUGACGAUGGCGAUGAUGAUCGCAGAAGGUCGCAGUCAGAGCAAGGGCGUGGGAUGAAGCGCAAAGAGGAAGAGAUCCUGUUGCUUCACGACACCGAUCUCAAGAACAACAACCCAAGUUCCUCCCAUGACGCGGACGUGCAAAACAACAUCCCCACGACCAAACAAGAGAAGCAGACCAUUUGGCCAGCCGUCUUUGCCUGUACGCUGUUCAUGAUCCUGGGACCGGCAGUCACCGUCAUCAACAAGUACCUUGUUCGGGACCUCAACUUUCGGUUUCCUGUUACGGUUGGCACUGCCGGGACGCUUGCAGCAACGUUGCUGACGCACAUGAUUGUACACGUGCGCAAGAUGGAGCUGCCUCACGCGCAAACGGUCACAUCCGAGUUUUACCUGUGGCGCGUCAUGCCCGUUGGCCUCUUUGGUGCCCUCUCAAUAUGCUUUGGGAAUGCAGCACUGCUCUAUCUUUCCAUGUCAUUCAUACAAGUCCUCAAGUCGUUUGCGCCUGCACUGACGCUGCUGUUCCUGUGGCUCGCUGGGCUCGUCUCACCCACACCGCCACGCAUCGCCGCUGUUCUUGGCAUCACCGGAUUCUCCACCGUUGCCGUGUUUGGGGAGGCGGACUUCUCUGCUGUUGGGUUCGCCAUCAUGAUGCUGUCUGUGCUGACGGAAUCCAUCAAGAUGAUGGUCACGCAGCAGCUCUUCAGCGGCGUCGCCCGAUUCAACGUCAUCGAGAGCCUCUACUACAUCGGCCCUGCAACAUCACUGUGGUCUCUCGUCACCAUCCUAGCUGUUGAAGCAAGGCCCAUGCUUACACACGAAGUCGGGCAGUUGGUCCUGAACAACCCCACCCCCUUUGUUGUCGCCGUCGUGCUAGGUACCGCCGUCAACUAUGCCGCGUUUCUCGUCAUCAAAACAACAAGCACGCUUAACCUCAAGAUUCUGGUGGCCAUUCGGGGAGGCGCAUUUGUUCUGCUGUGCUCGAUGCUCUUGGGUGAACACGUGUCGUGCAUGCAGGCGGCAGGCUAUGCGGGAGCACUCUUUUCUUUUCUGAUUUACAGUUUGGUGAGCUAGCACGGAGAGGUUGCGGGCUAGACAGAGAGAGAGAGAGAGAUUGUGUGCGUGCGUGUGUGCGUGUGUGUGUGUGCGUGCGGGGGUGUGUGUGUGUUUAGUUCGACAGCGCUUGGUGCUGUUUCACUGGGGGCUCGUUUAAUUUACAUUAGCAGAUGCCAAGUGGUCGGAUAAGAGACUCAAUAAAGCCUCAUAUUGGUC